AAAGAGUCUACAUCAGAUUUCAGUGCUGGAUUCUAAAAGACCUGAGGGAAGGAUGGCCCUUAUCCAUGUGUCCAAGGAGAAUGAAUACUGAGUGUGACAACCCCACAAAAGGAGAGUCACUUCAGAGCUGGCUGAGAGUGAGAGUGAUGAUGAUGAGGUUGAGUUUUAUUAAGCGUUUGUCUGAUGGCUUGUCAGUAAAGUUAUCUAAUAACAGUUAUCUAAUCAUCUAGUAGUAAAAGCAAAAAUCAGAACCCUUUGUCAUGCUGUUUCUGACAGGGCUCCACAAUCACCAGGGUGGCAUCUUUGUUCCUGUGGUUCACCUGACCUCCACCCACGUGCACACACCUGCGGCUCAUCAGUAGCUGAUGAAGCUCAGCUGGAUUUAAGGCCUUGUUGGAGUGCAGUUACUGGCUAUGACACAUCGACAAACUAGCUAAAUUGAUUUUUUUGGUGGAACUGAAACUCAAAGUGUACCAAAUCCUGGUGUUCUGAAACCAAGACUAGAAGCUGCAGCUGCUGCUACUCUCAGCAUCCAACCCAGCAGGUCAGUCUUCUUUUUUUAUGAAACUGUGACUCUGAGCUGUGCAGUGCCAGGCAGCUUCAGCAGCUGGACAGUGAAGAGAAACACCUCCACAAUGUCUUCUGUUUCAUGUGAGACCUGGGGCCUAUUACAUGGGUCAUCCUGCACCAUCAAAGGUGUCUACCCAUCAGACAGUGGAGUGUACUGGUGUGAGUCUGACAGGGGGGAGUGCAGCAACACCAUCAACAUCACAGUGGCAACUGGUCUGAUCCUGCAGGGUCCUGCUGUUCCUCUGACUGAGGGAGACAGUGUGACACUAAACUGCUCCUAUAAAGAAAAAUAUGCAAAGGAGUCUACGUCCAAUUUCAGUGCUGAAUUCUACAGAAAUGGUGCUUUUAUUGAAAAAAGGUCUGAAGGAAGGUUGAGACUUAUCCAUGUGUCCAAGGAGAACGAAGGCUCCUACAAGUGUGAACAUCCAACAAAAGGAGAGUCACCGGAGAUCUGGCUGGAAGUGACAGCUCGAGCUCCGUCUACGACUGCUCCUCCUCCUCCUCCUCCUCAUCCUCCUCCUCCUCUGAUGUCUCUUCCCAGGCUGGCAUACACAAUCUUUUUGUUCAUGCUGUUCACUGGUAUACUCAUACUGUAUAUAUCCAUGUGCAAAAGUUGACUCAAGGUAAGAGUACAACUAAAAAAAAUCAUAUUUAGAAUAUAUUCAAUUUCCACACAGGGUCAGAGGUCCAAUACAACACCGUAGCUGCCAAACAAAUGUCAAAAAAUCCAUCAUAAAACUAUUUUUCCAAACUUAUUUUGUCAGUCUAACAAUAAUUUAAGUAUGGAAUCGGGUGAUAGAUACAUCUGAUAGAAAAUAACUGAAAAGCAGCAGCAACACUUUAACCUCUUGCUGUGAAAGAUUCACGUUUUCCAUUUGCAGCCUCCUCCAGUUGGACAGUAGAUGCCAACUGACCACAGUGGUGUAAAAUGAGCUUCUCAACUCAUGACACUUUGUGAAACUGACCCUUGGUUGUGGCUCAUCUAGUGACCUCAGACAUGUUUGUGUGUUGAUGUUCAUUGAAUGAAGACAGAUAUUCAUGUUUUCAGCAAAAAAAUGUCACGGCAGAUAAAGAUGGACAAUUAUCAUCAGGGAUUGUUAUUGUUGUUAAUGAGGUCAGAGGUCAGAGCUAGUUCUCAUGGCAACAAUAGAAAGUGCCACUGUUGUAUAACGCUCCUUACAUGGGAUUAAGUUCUGCUUUUAAAAAAUCCCACUACGUAAAGUUUCUGUUCCUCCUGCAGCUGAAACUGAGACAAAAAUGAGAGAGUGUGAUCAUCUCUGACUGGAGUGUCUGAGGAUGAAGAUCAUGAUGAACAAUAACGAUCAAUGUAUCACCAGGAUUAAAGUAAAAUUUUUAUUUGUUUUACUUUUUUAACUUUAUUUUUUAACAGCUGAUGUUUUGCCUACACUGUUAGCUCAUGACUUGAUGAUCAAUCUGCUGUUUGCGCUGAACUGAAAACUGCAAAAUUCUCACAUUUGAUGUGUUUUUGGUUUAUAAGACAAAACCAAUGAUUAAGCCAAUGUCAAAAUGUACAUAAGCUUCAUGCUAGUCUUCAUAUGUCAGUAUUAACAUUCCCAUGCUGUUAGGUGCAUUUAAACAGGUGGAUUCAGUGGCAGAAACACACACGGGCACAGAAUAGCGGUGAAGCAGAUUUAUUAACAGUGGUCAGGGAAUAUUUACAAGGGGACGGGGCUAUAUACAAUGGCCAGGUAAAUGUGCGAAUAAACAGAGCCGAGGUAUGCAGGCAGAUAUAGGUGGCGAACCAGAGCUACCUGAGAACGAGGGACAAAACAGAAUUAGGGGAUAAACGUCGAGAAUCGAGAAUGAAACUGAAGCGGACGGGGAGAGUUGGAGAGCUUACUUGAAACACCAGAAUACAGGAAUAACAGCGAUCGCAGGCCAGCGCCAGGUAAGUCUCUGUCACAGAUCCAAAGAUGGGCCAGCGCACAAAGAAACAGGCAGGCGAGCAGGCGGCGAGACAGGCUGGUGCAGAGAAAAA